GACCAGCACGACGCCGUUGCCUUGGAAGAUUUGCCACGGCUGCUGCCCGACAUGAAGUUCGACAAGUUCGAAGUGGAGGUCAUGGCGGCUUUCCUGGAAGAGGCCCAUGGGCGACACUUGGUGCAGCGACAAAUCGACCUGGCAGAGCAGCUGGGGUUGGGGAAGGCGCUCUUCCAGGAGUUCCGCAAGGAGUUGGAGGUGAUGCUGGAUCUCUUCCACUCCUUCGAUGACAGCAACAGCGGAGUGCUAAAGAAGGUGGAAGUUUGGGUAGCCCUGAGCAACUUGGGGCUGCUGCCCCACAUGAAUCAGAACAAAGUGGUGAUGCUGGUGAUGAUCUCCACGGCCUGUGCCGAUGCGGCCCCCGGACGCCACGACACGCGCCACGCGCACGUGGCGCACGUGGCGCGCGACCGCAGCAACGUGCCCAGGAACUCCCAACGUUGGCUGGGGACCAAAGCGGCCUUGAAGGCUUUGUUGCAGUCCAGCGAAUUCCUGCAACUCUCCUCGCAGGUGGGAAGUCUGGACGAAGGCUGUAUGGACUUCGCACACUUCCUCUACCUGGUCCAUUCGGUUCGGCAGAUGCAGAGCCGUUCGCUGCGCGAGGACUUAGCCCCCAUCUUCGAUCGCAUGCUGCGCAGGCGUAAGAAGGCUGGCACCGCCGUGAUCAGUGCCGUGGGUGUGCCGGAAGUGAGCCAAGCCUUAGAACUCCUGCACAUGGGCCCCAAACAGCGCGAAGAUCAGCUGAAAAUCACGGAGUUUCUGAACGAGGUCAAUGAGUUCGGCUUCACGCCGUUGACGUUGGACUUUGAAGCCUUUGUACGCUUCAUCCGCCAGGUGAAGGAGUGGCAAGCCACGUGCAUGCGCGCCGAAGACCGGGCCUAUGGGGUGGAACUGGGACUCCAGGAGCGCAUGGUCGACGAGUUCCGCGUGAUCUUCGACAUCAUCGACAACACCGGCAGCGGCGAACUGGAUCUGCUGGGUGUGAAACGGGCCUGCGGCCUGCUGGGGCAGAAGAGCCUGUCCUUCGAGGAGUUACGGAAGAUCUUCGAACAGUUGGACAAGGACGGCAGCGGCGCCAUCGACUUCCGCGAGUUCCUGCAUCUGGGACGGGAGAUGGAGUGCCGGGGCGGGCACAUGACCAACAUGGCGAAUCUGGGCAAACAGAAAGGUCGCUCCAACCCCCUGGGGGCCAAUGCCGCCAUCUUCUCGCCCUUUGGCUGGGCGCAGGAGGUCGAGGCCGCCUUUUUUUUCGGAAGUGGGGCGACUGGUCGUGUGACCUGGGAGCCUCCGCCACUUCGAGAGGAGAGCCCCACCUCUCAAAACUCCCAAAUUUCGCAGGCCGACCUGGAUCUGGCCUUGAGCGCGCUGAGCGCGCUGAUUCACGACAACGAGGUGCUUUCGUCCAGGAUCACGAACUACGAAGCGGCACUGAACGGGGUGCUGAACGAAGUGCAAAACUACCGGGAGCAGGCGGCUGCCUUGGCAACCAGUAAAGUGCAAACCAAGCAGCUCAUCGCCUGCCUUACCGAUGCCGCCGAUCAACGCGAGGAGUUGUUACGGCAACGUGCCUCAAGCUGCCUCAGGAUUCAUGAGUUGAUGGACAUCAUCCACGACUCCUUGGAGAGCUUGGGGGACGAGAAUCACAGCCUCUGGCAGAUGGUGCGCCUGGCGCAGAAUGCGGCCAACAGUCCAGCACCAGCACCAGGAAUGUUGGAAUCUGAAGAUGUGCGGUUCGGAAGAUGUCCAGAUUUGAAGAUGUGA